AUGCUCUCCAUCAGGUCUCUCACACGUUCCGCGCCGCGCCAGCUUGGCCGCCUCUCUGCCGCUGCCGCUAGGCAAACUUCCGCCGCCCGGCCCACGACCUUGCUCCGGACGACGUCGUCUCUGAACAGCAUUGGCCGUGUCCAGCGUGUCUCUGCCUUCUCCACUUCGGUUUUCCGUCGCGCUGCCGCCGGCGAGACGGACGAAGAGCUAUCGGCCAAGCUCGAUAGUGAGAUUCAGUUCGAGGAGGAGGUCAAGCAGAACGAGCAGCUCCCGGCCAGCGUCAAGGAUUUCCUUGACAACAGCCCCUUUGAGAUUGAGGAUGUCCCGGGCAAGGAAGACGUGAAGCUCGUGCGCAAGUUUGGAGACGAGAAGAUCUCCAUCGUCUUCUCCAUUGCCGACCUCGCCAACUACGACCCGGAGAUGUACGAGCAGGACCGCGCCCUGGAGGACGAGGAUGACCUCGACACCGCCUCCAGCACCAACAAGCAGCAAUCCGGCGCCAGCCCCGCCGAGGAGGCCGAAGAGGAGCAAGAUUACGACGAGGCCGCGCCGCCCACCCGGCUGACCAUCGUGGUCGAGAAGCCCGGCCGCAGCCCCGGCGCGCUCAACAUCGACGCCGUGGCCCAGGACGGUGCCAUUGUCGUCGAGAACCUCUUCUACUACGAGGACGCCGCUCUCGCGAACCCGGCCACCCCGGCCGACGCCCAGCGCCGCGCCGACGUCUACCCCGGCCCCCCCUUCGGCAGCCUCGACGAGGACCUGCAGAUCCUGCUGGAGCGCUACCUCGAGGAGCGUGGCAUCACCCAGGCCCUGGCUGUCUUCGCCCCCGACUACGUCGACGUCAAGGAGCAGCGCGAGUAUAUGCGGUGGUUGAACAACGUCAAGACCUUCGUGGAUGCCUAA